AUGACAAGGCGUACGCGGAGGAUUGGUACGGUCAUGUGUGAGCCCGUUACGACGGACAGGACAGAUACGCGUGUAGAGGCGUUAAAACGAGAUUGGGGCGAGAGGGAAAGGGUGAGGAGCGGAGCGUACACCCCUGAGGAGCCACGUCGUCUAACGCUAACUAUGAAGAAGGAAGCUACAGACUCUUCAAUUCUUGCAUCCAAGAGUGUGAAGAAGUCAAUGGAUCCUCUGCCUGACGUCGAGACUUUCAGAGCUUCUCGCUGUAAGACUAAGAGUUCGGUCAAGGCGGUUGUUUCAGACGCCUCGAGGUUACUCCCUACAUUGUUGGCUUCCAGAAGGCGGUCAUACACCGAUAAG